GGGGGUCAGCGUCCAGUGCCGUCCUGGCUGUGAGGUAGCAGAGGAUGAAAUGUUAAUCUCUCCACCACCGGUGCAGGAGCGCGCAGCGGGGGGGGGGGUGCAUGCUUUGCUGCAGCCCUGCUCCCUGCAUGCGACCCCGGGACCGUCCACCUCCGUCUGCCUCCCAGCUCAUUGUUUGCUCGGCCAAUACAUUAGCGGCGACGCGCGUCACCUUGAUCGACGAGCGCUCGGAAUUUAAAUAGCCCCUCAAACACCAAUCUGUCACCGGCUUAAGGGAUAAGGACAAAUGCCUAACUGGCUGACCUGUGGCCACGUGACAGCAGCCGUUCAUUGAUAUCGGUCAGUGCGCACCCCACCUCCUCCCAGCACUGAUAAGGAUAGAGUAUAGGUAAAGGUUGUCACGGUCACUUUGGGCAAGGGUGGGUUGGAGGGUGUUUGUUGGAGUGGACGGUCCCUCGGCACCUGGAGAGCGAUGCCACAAUGAGCAGCUUCUUAGACUACUCGGCGAUGAGCGGAGAAGGUGGUUCGUGCUCCAUCAGGGCUUUCCACUCGGACCACGGGAUUACAACUUUUCCGUCCUGCGGGGCUGCUGUGAGCAGCUGCGGGGCGGAUGAGCACUUCAUGGCAAACAGGACUUCUCCUGACAGCGUCCCCAAUCCGCCGGGGUCUUACCAGUCUACUGCAAACACUUUGGGUCUCUCCUACGGUGCCCACCCAGCCUGCAGCUCCAGCUAUGGGCCCCAAAGUUUUUGCGCCACAUACAACCACUACACGCUGAACCAGGAGGUGGAGUCCGGAGCUGCAUUCCCCCAGUGCGGUCCACUGAUUUUUUCGGGCAAUCUGUCCUCCUCUAUGAUUUCUCAGCACCGACACGGUUACAGUGCCACCCCACUGGGCCAGCUGCAGUAUAGCCACGCUGCCUAUGGAGGCGGACACGAGCAAGCGCCCCCUUACCCCGGGGGCUCAAACCCAAUGUCACCUCUGCACGCAGCUCACCUGGACGCUUGCUGCUCACCUCUGUCGGAGGGCGCCUCCUCUGCGCAGACUUUUGACUGGAUGAAGGUCAAGAGGAAUCCACCGAAAACAGUGCGCUCCGGAGAAUACGGUUACGGAGGCCAGCCGAACACGGUCCGGACCAACUUCACCACCAAGCAACUCACAGAACUCGAAAAGGAGUUCCACUUCAACAAGUACCUGACCCGGGCGCGCCGCGUGGAGAUAGCGGCCGCGCUGCAGCUGAAUGAGACUCAGGUGAAAAUCUGGUUCCAGAACCGGAGGAUGAAGCAGAAAAAGCGGGAGAAGGAGGGUUUGCUGCCGGCAAAAGUGCCACCAGCGGAACCGGAGGAGAGCAUCCCAGAGAAGAUGGACGAUGCGGGAUCUGAAAGGUCGACCUCAUCUUCACCUCCCACUCCCUCCCCCUCAUCCUCAACGGUGUCUUCCACGAGCACUGACAAUUACACCUCCAACUGAAUACAAACUCUUUAUCUCUUCAGGCCAUGUGAGCCUUUAUACCAAAGUUAAAGUGUGUUUUUUGGGUGGUAUAUGCGUGGGCAGAUGUAAAGGUUUGGGACAUUUUCCACUUAAAAGCUUUAGAGUUGUUGCGUAUUCUUUCACAUGUCUGCAAGAAGCAGCAAUGUCCAGUCGUGACCUGAGAUGUGUUUAUUUGCUCUGAAAAUGUGGAGGGUCUGCCACCCCGCACACCCCUGACCUAGUGCUUUUCUUUAAAUAAUAAAGUGACAAAUCUGCACACACAAAGAUACCUCAAAAGAAAAUGUGCCAAAGUUGUGCGCUACCGGCCACGGCCGCUGCUGUUAAUGGGGCAUCACGCAAUCAACGAGAUGACCUCGUUUAUUUAUCGUUAGGGAAUGAAUAGUUACAGUAGCUGUUUAAUCGAUGUCACUUCUGUCUUUUAUUUUUUUUGUCUGUGCGUGCGUGUGCGUGCGUACGUGUGUGUGCGUGUUGGCCGUUUUCGUGUACUGUACGGGAUUUGCAUGGUGCGUAAAGCGUUCAUGUAUCACCAGUGGGGCGCUGAGUUUUAUCAGUCGCGGAGCAGGUCCUUCAGGGCUGUGAAAGGCUUUUAUGUGUUUUUUUCCACGUGUUCAAGUGGGACGAACGCAAAGUGUUUUGUCCAGAGAGAAGUUUACGGGUCAAUCAUGUGCAUUAAAGUGCGUUUAAAUAUAAA